ACUUGAACACAGCGUUAAAACGAAGCGAAACCGAUAUCGCAAACUGAGAAGUUACUAGAGACUGCCGGCAAGUUCCAUAUACCUCCCCCUGUACUAAACUCUCUACCCAGGCAGAGUGUGGGUCUCAGCCACCGGGACAACAUACAUGCACUGAGUAAUGCCAUUAUUAGCAACGUUCAUAAGGGCAACAGAUAGUUUGUGAAGAGGGGAACUUCCUCGUUGUGAUCUCUCAGACUGAGCAGCCGGUAGGAGCCAGCAAGAAGACAUGCCACCAAAACAGAAGUCCAAGUCCUGGGCUGAGCUGAAACAAGCUGGCAAUGAAUGUUUCAAGACAGGCCAAUAUGGCGAGGCCACAAAUCUCUACAGCCAGGCAAUCAAAGCGCUGGAGAAGAACAGUAAAAGGAAUCCAGAGGAUUUGUCCAUUUUGUAUUCAAACCGUGCAGCCAGCUACCUGAAGGAUGGCAACUGUGGGGAAUGUGUGAAAGACUGCAAUAUGUCUCUGGAGUUAUCCCAGUUCAAUGUGAAGUCUCUGCUUCGUCGUGCUGCUGCCUCCGAAGCUCUGGAGCGUUAUAGGCAAGCUUACGUAGACUACAAAACUGCUCUACAGAUUGACUGCAACAUAGCAGCAGCUCACGAUGGCACCAACAGGAUGACAAAGGCACUCACAGAGACAGACGGUCCGUCAUGGAGAGAAAAGCUUCCUCCCAUUCCCACAGUUCCUCUGUCUGUGAAGGAAAAACUUGCCCAAAAGUCUGCAGGCAAUGUCACCCAACAAAGCCCAACACCUCAGCAGAAUGGCACAACGCAAACAAAAAAACCUGCUCCCAGUGAUAAAGAGAUAAAGAAAGCUCAGGCCUUAAAAGAAGAAGGCAAUGCCCUGGUGAAGAAAGGAGAGCACAAGAAGGCCAUAGAGAAGUACAGCCAGAGCCUCAAACACAACCCUACAGAAGUCACCACCUACACCAACCGGGCGCUGUGCUACCUGUCAGUGAAGCAGUACAGAGACGCCAUCAGAGACUGUGACGAGGCGCUGGUGAUUGACAGCAACAAUGUCAAGGCUCUCUACAGGAGGGCUCAGGCUCACAAGGAACUCAAGGACGUCAGAGCCUGCGUGGACGAUCUGAACACUCUGCUGAAAGUGGAACCAAAGAACUCGGCCGCCUUGAAGCUCCUGCAGGAAGUGCAGAAGAAGAAAUGAGGACAGGUCAGGGACUAGAGGCAGCAGUAAGGAUGUGUCACUGCUCUGAGUGCAAGAAGCCAAAGUCAUCUUUUUUUAUAAGAAUCAGUUGGUGGAAAAUAGCAGAACAGUGACAUGAUUCUACUGUCUGUGAGUCCAAGACCAGGCCCGUGUUUCCCAAAACUCCUUCACUGAAUUCCUGUUUGAUGUGUUUACUCUCACUUGAACAGACAUGAAGUUGGUCUCAAGGUGCUUGUAGAAAACCACAUCAGCUCUGGAUACUUAGAAAUGAUGUUGGAAUAGGAAUGAAGCAGCCUUGGAAAUAUUUCUUUUACCACUUUUAGCUUGUCAGUUUCCAAUCAUCCAGUAUUUAUGGUUAUUUAUUUUACUCACACACCUCAACCUGGUUCUGAGAAUAAACGUUUACCAUCGUCAUUUGUAAAACUUGAGCAGGCAGUCAGCUAUCGUGAAGCUCCUGCUGGGUGCCAGAACUUAAAUUUGAUGUUAAUGUAUGUUUUGACAAAUAAAUUUACCUCAAGGGUAUGCACCUAAGGACUUUUCCAAGACAAAAAACUAUGAUCAUAUUCAAACCCUGUGAAACAGGUCAGUCAACAAGUUUACUUUGCUGAUGCAAAAUCUGAGAUGCAGCUGAAUUCUCCAAAAAAUAAGCCAAGUUGAAUCAGACAUGACAUAGAAAUCUGAGAGACUACAGGAAUAGCAAAGAGGGUGGCUCUGUGGGUAGGGUUGGUGCUUACUAUCGGAGCUUGAGUGUCAUGGUACCACUACAUGGCCAUAAAUGACAUGAGGAAGGCAAAAAAAUGCCUUCAUAUUAGCAGGCUGAAGUCUUUUAGGUAACCAUGGAUAAACUAUUAUCUUAAAGUUUGAUGAAUCCAAAAAGUUUUGACAGAAACUGAAAGAGUUUUUCCUUAGAAAUCAGUUGCUGUUGAGAAGCCCACUUUAGAGUUAAAUCACAAAGCUUCUGUAAACACUGGUGAUCAUAGACGUUAAGUUUCAAGGUAACAGCCAAUUCAGAUGUUUUCACUCUCAGGUAGUGUACUUAUUUAUCCCAUGUUUGGAGUACAUGUUUCUGUUUCUAGGUCCUUUGAUAUUUAUAAUGUCCAUGCCAUAUAGGAUAGCUUGCAUAGAUUUCCUCAGUAGAGUCUGAUCUAGUUAACUUGUGAGACAGUCAUAUGCCUGCAGAGCUGUUUGUGUGAGAGUUCAAGUAGCAAGCCUUUUGCAGCAUAUCACUACAGUAUGUAUGCUUUGGAUUUAAUUUCCUGGAAUAAAGGAAAACGUUUCUUUGGCA